AUGUAUCCAAGAUUCAUCAUGAUGUUGAUCAAUGAUAAGUUCAAGGAUCUUCCAAAGAAUAGAAGUUACAUUAUGGAUGUGAGAAACGUAACAACUGAGACCAUUGCUAGAGUUACCAAAGAAGAUGAUGAAAGAAUGAAACAAAUGAUAUGUAAAAUCAGCAACCCAGCAUAUGUUGCUCCUGAAAAUGACAAAUGGAGACAUGAGAACAGUGAUUCUGAUAAUGAGAAUGAGAAGAUGAGUGAGCUAAAAGAAAAGAAUACCAGAUGGUGGGUUGAGAAAGAAAAGGGAAAAAGGAAAAGAACACCAAAGACGUCCCCAGCAGUUUCUAUUCCGAAGAUAGUAGAAAAGGGGCCUUCUGUAGAGCCACAACAAAGGUUGAUAGAUGAAACUGUGUUAGAGCCAUCUGUAGUUAUUGAGCAAGGAGCUGAUCUUCUAAAACAAACACUUGAAAGCUAUCUGAAACGAAAAGAAGAAGCUGCAGCUCAAAAGGAUCAAGGGUCAAGUGCUCAAGCUGAAAAUGUUAAAGAACCUGAAGGUGAAGUUCAAGAUGAUUCAAGUGAGGAUGAUUCUGAAGCAACUCUGUCUGAAUCAGAAUUAGAUCCAACAACUCUUGGAAGAGGCAAAGUUCAACUAAAGAAAAAGCCUACAAAGAAACAGAAAGCAUCCGAUGAAGAAGACUCUUCUUAUGAACCUGAUCAGCCUAAGAAACAAAUAAAGAAGCGAAAAGCAAUUCAAGCUGGGGUGAUUCCAAGAAGUGUCAGGGCAAAGAAAUCUGGUGCUGAACCACCCAAAGAUAAAGGUGGAAAGAAAGAAAAACAUCUUCAAAAGUCAAAUGUUCAUGAAGCAGAAAAAGAUCAAAGUGUGGAGAUUCCAAAAGAACCAGAGGCGCAGAACAUUGAAGUACCUGUAGUAGAAGUUCAGAAGAAGACAAGAGGUGAUGAUGAUUAUGUUGAAAUCACAGGUUACAAAGCUGCUACACCUCCACGUCCACCUCCACAAGAUCAACCAGAAUCGUCACAUCCAAAAGAUACGAAGUUUGAUUACAUAUUUGAAGGUCUUCUAGAAGCAACAGGGAUUUACACAGAAGACAUUCCUGAAGACGACUAUGAUAUGUUUAAUAACGAAGCCGUGAAUGAGUUACUAAAGAAAGUUGCAGACCUUGAAAAAGCAAAAGCUAAAGCUGAAAAGGAGCGUGAUAUUCUGAAGCAGCGGGUUGAGCAGUUGAUGAAAGCUCAUGAUCAAAUCAGAAUGGUUUUAAUAAAUCAAGAAGAAACAAUGAACAAAAUGAAGAAUGAAGCUCAUGAUAAUUCUAAAGUGGUUGAACUUCUGACAGCAGAAAUAUCUUCAUUAAAUGUGAAAAUAAAGAAUCUAGAAGAUGUGAAUCAGACACUAAAUCAGCUUCUAAGUGAAAUGAUGAAGCUUCUUCGAAUUAAAUGA